GCAAGGCUGUUCUGACGAGGACGAAAGUGAUGAGGACGGUUCCAGUAGCGGAGUGGAGCAACCCAAAAAAGCACCUCUGAAGCUACUGCGGUCCGUUUCGAGCCGCUGGCUUUCUCAAGGCCUGGCUAUCAGCCGGGUUGUCCGCAUCUAUGUUCCCAUAGUUAAAGCGUUGAGCAGUCUCGAGGACGAGGGUGACUUCGCCUGCGGUGGAUUCAAGAACUUCAUGUUGAAGAUAGUGAACAUUACAUGCAUGGAGCUCAGGCGCUGGAC